UAAAAAAAAGAGAACAAUAUAAAAAGGUUAAAGAAAAAAAGCAAGAAAAUAAAAUAGAGAAUGGGGAGUAUCUUUACUUAAAGAAAGCUAAGAACCCUAGCCUCCCCAAAUCAAUCCGAUCGUUUGCUUCGUUUCUCAGGCCAUAAUUGGAUGCCCAAAAUUGUUACUAUUCAUCCUCUGCACACGCUUUUAAAAUGAAACCAAAAGGCAAUGGCUUGCCUAGAGCACAGAUAUCUAAAGGUCUUCAGGCAGAAGGGCCCAAUUGGAUUCUCAUUGCAGGUGGUGCACUUUUAAGUACAUUAUCAAUGCGUUUGGGAUACAAGCUCAAGCAGGUUCUUGACACAAAAGAAGUGCAGAGUAGUAGCAAAGGUUCAAGAGGAAGUACAAAAUCGACAGAGAAGAAAAAACUAGUCAAUUGUCACUUGCAUUCAGAUGCAUACUGUUUGUCGCAAAAUGAUGAUGGUUGCUACACUUAUAUGUCAGCAGGAACCAAAAAUCUGGAGACUAAGCAGCAACGAAACCAGACGCUUAAUGAGCAUGAUAUGGCACUCUCUCCUGUCACUGUUUCUGCCCAUGAAUAUAAUAAGGAAAAUGGUGUGAUUUGGCAGUCUUCUCCUGACCGUCUAGAGCUUCCACAGAAGCCAUUUCAUCAUUCGAACAGCUCUGAUUCUCCCUGUGUCUCGGAUUCUGGUUCUGACAUCUUCAGCAAGCGAGAAGUGAUACAAAAGCUGAGGCAACAGCUGAAGAGAAGGGAUGACAUGAUACUGGAGAUGCAAGAUCAGAUUGCAGAACUGCAGAAUUCUCUUAGCGCACAACUUUCACAUUCUACUCAUGUGCAGUCAUUGCUGGAUGCUGCCAACAGGGAUUUGUUUGAUUCUGAAAGAGAAAUCCAGAGAUUACGAAAGGCAAUUGCAGAUCAUUGUGUAGGGCAAGUAAGUGCCUAUGACAAGCCUCCAACAGUUAAUGUAUGGCCUACGGAAGGGAGAAAUGGACAUGCAAGUGGGUAUGUAGAUGUUGAGAGCAAUUGGGACUCCUCAGAGAAGGGAAGGGAUGGAGAUAAGAUUGAGUUGCUGAGGAAGGAAGUAUGUGACUUGAAGGAGGUUAUUGAGGGCAAGGACUACCUUCUACUAAGCUUCAAGGAGCAGAAGACAGAGCUCUCAAUGAAGAUCAAGGAAUUGCAGCAGAGAUUAGAUUCCCAGCUGCCAAAUAUUUUGUAGAAAAGUCUUAGUUGUGCAUGUAUACAUGGUUGUUUUUCUCUUCGCUUCCUCUUUGAUGUCAAAUUCCAUUUUUUUCCGAAAAGCUUCAUUUGAUUUUAUGGCA